CACCCGAUCCGUAGCCCGGAGGUCAGAUAUAGCCCUCGGUCAACGGCUCCACACGCGGUGACCGAAUCCGCUGAGGAUCAUUUGUCAGCCGUUCAACAACACAUGCCAUGCAGAGGAACCGCUUGUUCUGGCAAGCAGGCCAUGCACGCCAGGCACUGUCCGCGGGUUCGUUUCAUCUUCCGGACUGCCGUCCGUCUUGCUGGGCACAAUGCUCUUCGCUUUUCCUCAUUGAGCAAGAGAAACGCGACACCGUCAAGAGCAGAAUGAGGAGUGCAAAGAUUUGGAUGCGGUGGAGCCGACAUGGCAGGUAUGCUGAGUCGGUCAAGAUCGCCAUUUGGCCACUCAACCACCGCCACCACCAACUGCCGUCUCCACCAUCUCCCAUCACCUCGACCUCUGUCUGGGCUAAUGCAACGAUUCACAGGACACCGGAGACAUCCUCAUCACGCCCCUCUCAUCAAUGCUCCACUGGAACAAAGUACAGGGCAUGCAUGCCAGCUGGACGAGCUGGACGCACACGCGCUCGCCGGCAAUUACUCGGGAGCGAGGAUUUCGACAUGCGACUCAAGCGAGUCAUACAUGUCACUCUGCUUCGGACGAUGAGACAAUGACAUGCGCCCAAAGCCAAAGCCAUACCCAUCCACGCUCACAACCAUGUUGCUCAUUCCGCUGAUCCUGACCAGCGCCGAUCAUCCGCUGCCACACGGCCACACGCGCCACUCCCUUGCCGUUGAUCCGGACUCCGAUGCUCCUGGCAUCCAGGCAUCCUGGCGCCGGAGACAUGGCGGUGUCGGAGGAUCGCAGGGGAGGCCGGGAGGGAGGGCCAGUGUC